CCUGCAGAUCUACGUCAGCGUGCCGGGCUCCAAGAAAAUCAUCCUGGAGCUGCCCCUCGUCAUCGGCAGCCGCUCCGGCAUCGGCAGCCGCAGCUCCAGCAUGGCCAGCCAGGCCAGCUCCGAGAUGAGCUGGGUGGACCUGAACCUCCCCGAUGCUCCAGAAGCCCCGCCGUGCUACCUGGACAUCGUCCCCGAGGAUCACCGCCUCGAGAGCCCCACCACGCCGCUGCUGGACGACGCCGACAGCUUCGACAGCCCCAUCUUCAUGUACGCGCCGGAGUUCAAGUUCAUGCCACCGCCCACCUACACCGAGGUGGAUCCCUGCGUGGCCAACAACAACAACCACCCCGGCACCGCCAGUACCACCAGCACCAGUAACACCAGUAACACCAGUAACACCAGCACCGGCCCCGUGCAGUGAGCGCACCCGGCGCCUCCCUCUGCUUCCUGACCCUGCGGGCGCUGGAGCCGCGUUCUGCCCCGCGCCCACCGCAGCCGCACCCGGGGGGGGUGCGGGGCCCGGAAUCGUGUGCUGGGAGGGGGGGUUCCCGGGGGGGUUCCCGGCCCUCGCCGUCCUCGUGUCCUGGGCCGUGUGUCCGUCCGGGCGCUGCUGGGCGAAGCGCUGCUGUGCGCGGCCCGGGCCCGGCCGCCGCUCUCAGGUUGAGUUCCGUGUGUGUUUUCCGGCCCCACGGCGCCGUGGGGCGCUGACCCAUAGGGGUGGGGGGGGAUGGGACCCUCCCCCCCGCCUUGGCCGUGGGGCGCUGCAGAGAACAGCUCCUUUUCUACCGUU